CAGCAGAUUUAUGUCUGUUCUGCAGAUUUGUCACAGAUGGGGGCACUUUUGUAUCAAAACACUAAACCUGCUGCUUUAGUCUAACUGCCAACUCUGUAAUCAUUGAGACGUUAGUGUUAACUAGAUAAUGAAUGCACCUAUGCUCCAAAACUACUCAGGAAUAAUCUUCUUCUAAUAUUAGCUCCAGCCGUGCUGAAGGUUAGGUCAGAGGUCACUCCUCCAUUGGAGAACAAGAUGAGGUUUAAGAGGUUAAAGGUCAGUCACAAAUAUGCAGCCUGAGGUUGGUAGGGUCAUCAGGUUAACCUAUGUGACCCAAGGAGUUAUGGGGUGGAGAUUUCUGGGGUUGAAUGGUCAAACACAAACAAUGCAGCUGCAAACUAGGACGUACUCGGACAUACUCCUGUAGAGCUCUGUGAGAGGGAUUGUGGUUUAUGUCAGGCAUGACUAAAAAACAGAACGAACCUGUUUGGAACAGCAAUCCUGACUGUGUCUUUGUUUUUUUUCAAAGUAUAUAUUAGGUAUCAUAAGAUGACAGUCCUCUUCAUUCAGAAUCAACAACUUAGUCUCAUAUGAUUUACAGAGAGCCCGUCAUAGGAUCACCAUGAACAAGCUGCAAGAAAGUAAUGGUUGAUGAUGAUGGGAACACUUAGUUAACAGGUUGAUCAAUGGCAUUAAGAAGAGUGAUAAUGAUAAUAUGGGAAAGGCAUGCAAGAGUCACUCAGUGAUAAGGUUUGAAUAAACAUAACACUAAUGACUUUUGGCAUGGCAUGUAUUUAUAUAACGCAGAACACAUAAGGAGAAAGAAAGGGAGUAGAAGGGUAUCAGGUACCCCCCAGGUCACGGCCUUUAGUUGUGUAACCAGGGGCUGGUCCAGGACGGAGCCAACUCCUAUCUAUUGUAUGCAGAAUGCAAAAUUAGAGUUCAGUUACGUAGGACAAGCUGUUUCAAAACUAAAACUCAGUCCUGGCUUAGACUUAUAUGGUUCUUGUGGUGUUUGGCUCAGACAAUACUCUUUAUUUUAAUACAAACACAACCUCUGCUUUGUAUUGUAGCUGCAGCAGAGGACAGAGAAAAUUAAAGAAAAAACAGAAAAAUAAUAUUCUCUAUUAAACAUGGGGGUAACUCCACCUAUACUAUACAAUAAGGAUGCAAAAAUUCACUGUACAGGAUAUUGAUAAUAAAAUGCUGAAAUGAAGAAAAAUCUACAAACUCUUUCUGAAAUGAAAAAACUUUGUGGUGAUGCAAAAAUGCUGCAGACAAUGGCAUAGCAGCGCCAUCCUGUGGUUAAAAGUGUUUCUACAAUAGCACUUGAAACUAAUCCACUCAUUCAUUAUAUGAAAACUGUUGCAGAGAAAUAGUUCAUAUGCAUGUUUUUGAAGUCUUUUUCAGGCAUGUAAGCCAUCACGAGGAGAAUUUAAGAAUUUUUUUAAUUAUUAAAGUUUUAUUUUGAAUCUGCGUCUGAAAGGAGAGCGAUACACUUCAGUAUACAUCUGUGGCACAAUUUUAUUAACAUGUCCCUUAAUUUGGUCUUAUUUUUGCAUAUUCGGACAAUCUACCACCAGAAAGCUGACCACACACUCACACUCCGCCAUCAGAUAAUCUGGGCUACAUCAACCUUGCUGCAUCAAGAGAUUAAGAUUAAGAGAGAUUAAGAUUUGGGAGUCCGCGUCAUGCAGAUAUCACAAUGUGAACUUUAAUCACAGCAUACAGUGAUGCAGCACACAGAGAGUCGGCAUGUUCCCGAGGUCGGUGGCUUAGAGCCUGUUCAUCAACUGAGUGUUUUUUUUUAGAUAUAUUUUUAUUGGAUUCUAUUGAAAGAGGAUUAAGGGAAUAAAAAGCCCUCAAGACAAAUCUGUUAUUUUUCUUUCAUUUGUCUUCUAAAGUGUUCCCGUUUCCAUCUGUACACAUUCAGACAGAAUAUAAAACAUCCAUCAUCUCUGAACCUUCCUUCUGUGUCCUGAUAAUACAGCCAGCCACACUUAAAACAGAGAAAAAGCAAAAGUCAGGAGGCUGAUCUGUGAACCUGUGCAGACAAGGACUUUCCUUUCUCUAUGUUUCCACGAGACAAGACCGUUCAUUCCUGAUCUUUUAGACAGCUCACACACACUAGUCAUCUCUUCUGGAUCUCUCAGUUGUUUUUUUUUAAUAUGCUUUCAACUUUACUGCUCAUCCUUAAAGAAAAGUACAAUCAAAAGAUGAUAUAUUUUUAAUUAUUUUACUUUCCUGUGACCGAUUUAGAAAAAGAAUUUAGAGUUCAUGCUACUAGACUUUACUUGGUCUGGUAUGACCACCAGCAAUGAUGCUGUCAAACUUCAUAUCAGCAUUGCUUGUCUUGUCUAUUUUGCACCCAAAGUGCUUUUACAUUAUAUGCCGUCUGUUCAUAAACCCAUUAACACUGAUGGAGGCUGCUAUGCUAACUGCCCACCAGCACGGAUCUAACUGUCACAUACUGAUGGCUAGAGAUCCAUUUGUGGUUCAGACUCUCACUUGAGCACACAUGAGCUUGUGGCUGGGACACAACCUUACAGUACUGGGACACACGCCCCAGCCUUGGCAGGGCAGUAUAUUGUAUGUAAAAGGGACAAAGCUGACACACAGGAGUAAGAGCUGAAAAUAAUUUUUAAAAAAUAAUUAAAAUGGCUUCAUUUUCUGUGCAUAGAAAUGCAAAUAGUGAUGUGUUUUGGCUUAAAAACAAAGGCAUAUGAAGCAAAAUCAGUAUUCUAUUUUGUGAAAACCUCUCGAAAUAAACAUGUUAAGAACAAAACUCAACUCAGAGCAACUCAACUUUAUUUAUAGAGCACUUUAAAUACAACCAAAGCUGACACACAGUGCUAAAUUACUCAAUAAAUUAAUAAAUUGAUUAAUUAAUUAAAACAAACCUCCAAAUAAGGGACCCUGAAAGAGUGAAGAACACAACAAAAGAAAGAAAGAAGAACCCAGAGCCUGAAAGUAACAGAGGAGCAUCAGCAAUAGAAGCCAAACAACAGAACCAUCCCCCCUGUAUAUGUCUGUCUUUUUAUGUUUUCUUGGAAGGGUCGAACUGAAAUGCAAUUUUGUGCAAUGACAACAAAUCAGAUCUGAAUCUGAAUCUGCAACAAUAUCACAACCUAAACAAAAUGAGGACACAACAGACCAAUGAACCCCUAAAACACAAGAACCCAAGAUACCAUGAACCGCCUAAAUAUAAGAACCCAACUGCAAAAAAAAACAAACUGUAAGAACCCAGGGCCAAAAAGAGACCCAAACAACAUAGUAACUCAAAAUAGAUAAGAACCUAAAAAAACACACCUUCAGAACCAAACUGUAGGAGAACCCAGUAGCUUAACUGUUAAAACAACAAAAGAACCCAAAUCCCAGAAAAAGCCUUAAAAAUAAAAGCUAACCCCCCUACUUUAAAAACAACAAUAAACAACUAACACCUAAGAAAUCUAAAAUGACAAUGAGCUCAAAAAGCUGAAGGACCAAGUCAUACCCUAGCAUAUAAACUAAGUUCAAGAACCCUAAUAGGUACAAAUCUCAGAUUGUUAGUGAAUCAGUUACAAAACUACAAAAAUAAAUCCCAUAUUUCACCAUUUACUUCCACCCCAUUGACUUCAAUUCCAUUAAAGAACCCAAAUCCCAGAAAAAGCUUUAAAAAUGAAAGCUAACCCGUCUUCUUGAAAAACAACAACAAACAACUCAGACCCCAAGAAAUCCAAAAUGACAAAGAGCUCAAAAAGCUAAAGGACCAAGUCAUACCCAAGCAUAUAAACUAAGUUCAAGAACCCUAAUAGAUACAAAUAUCAGAUAGUUAGUGACUCAGUUACAAAGCUGCAAUAGUAAGUCCCAUAUUUCACCAUUUACUUCCACCACAUUGGCUUCAAUUCAAAACAUGGAGUCACAUUUGUUGGUAAAUGAAUGAAAAUCAGCCCUGAUGAAUUUCAACAGGAGAACAGUAUCAUCAGACGGUGUCAUGAAUAUGUAAAACAGCAUCCAUGUGUCCAUUCAAACUGCAUCCUUCACUCUGACAUGUGCUUUUCUCUUUUCUGUGAUACUCCUCGUGUUGAUGCAGCCAGUCAUUUGAGGUGUAACUUUGCUGUAAAAGGGACAGGGUGGGGGCGUGAGAGGCAGGCACCGAGGAGGGGUGGAUAGGGAGGGGCGGAACCCGGAUGCUGAUGCUGACCGAUGAAGAGAGGGAAGCUGAAGAGAAGCAGGAGGAGGAGGAGGAGGAGUGUGGGGAAAAAAGAGAAAGGGAAAGGGGGAUAUUACGGGCAGCAGCAGCAGCGAAGAGUAGGAGGAGGAGGCCAUCCCGUGGUUCGCGGUCACUCCUGUGGAACUUCUAGCGACCUGGAAGAUUCAGUUUGCCGAUCAGACCAUUAUUUUCCCCGAGAAUUGUCAUCCACGCGGGAGGCAACAGCUUCGAGGGAGGAGAUGCGGUGAUAUCAUGAACAUAGUCGGCCGUAGGGAGAGAAAGAGAGACAGAGAGGAGGAGAGCGAGGGAGAGGCAGAGGAGGGGAGGCCAGCUGAGGAUGCUUGUUGUUUCUAGAAGGAGGAUUAAUCACCGGGCCGAGCGCUGAUCCUCACCGGCACACGGAGCGCGUCUCUUACCGCAGCAGCUGUCCCGACGGCGGCUGCAUUUCGCCUCCCUUUCCCCUAUAGUCUCUGCCCGGGGCUGUCUUUCUUUUUAAUGCUCUCCCCCUCUUCCUCUAUUUCCUGAUGCAGGGUCGGGGAGGGGUGAGCCAAAGUGUGCACCGGAUAUUGGAAAACCCAUUCUUCUUGCUGAUGCUGUUGGGAUAAUAGAUUAUUAUCUGGACAUCGCCGCAUCUGCACAGAAAGACAGAUCCGGACUAAACCGAGGCCUGGCUCCAGAAUCAAAGGGAAUGUUCUAGCUUGGAAGGAUUUCAACAUCUUUGGACGGUGGCAGUUUAGUGAGGAGGGGGUCCCUGAUAUCGAUCCGUGAAUGGAUUCAAUCAGACCGGUCUGACUUGGGAUAUUUGAGACUCUGCUCUUAAAGAAAUCAAUCUAUGGCAAAUGUAGCCUUCCUGUGCAGGUCUGGAUGAGAUCUUUCUUCUGCUUUACUUUUUCUCCCAGCUGCAUCAGCUCCGUAUAGGAUCAAUACGCUUGAAACUACUGUUUGAUGGGACACAUUAUUGUGGAUAUUACCUCCCAGGCACACCUCACACCUCCUCUGCUUUCUGGUUCUUUCCAUCUCCCCUCUGAAUGAUGCUGCUUUAGUGCAAAAGACACAAACCAAGCCUUGGAGACACUUUAUUACCGGGCUUUAUAGGAUGGAAGCUGGGCCGGUUCUCACUCCUGACCGCAUGACAAACAAGUGCAUGGGAGUAGCCUGCAGGGCCCGGUUUUAGAUCACGACUAGUCCUCCGUAGCUCUCCUCAGCUCCUCACCGCCCUGUGAUGUGUGUUACGGCAUUAUUACGCACGGAGCAGGAGGGACCGCUAUCUUGAUCUCCCUUUUAUCAGGACUAGAAUUACAUCUCGGGGAAGGAUGAGCAGCAAGGAGCUGACGGUGGCCCAGUCCAGCCAGUAUGUGGGGCCUUACCGGCUGGAGAAGACCCUCGGGAAGGGCCAGACAGGUAGGAGCCCCCCCCCUUAAAUCACCUGCAGUCUUGUAGCAGUGCAAAAAAAAAAAAAAGACGUCUGGAAGGCGCUCCUCCUGAUCCCCAAUGCAUACAGUCAGAGCUCAUGGUUUAGUCCUUAUUCCCUCUGUAAGUCCUCUUAUCAUGCUGCUGAAACCCUCUUAAAGGAUCUCCUAAAAAGCAUUACAGGGUGUGCUUUAAAGGUCUCCCAAUCCAGCUUUUUCUGAGCUGAGUUUGGUCAAUCUUUUUUUACAUUGUCUGUAAAGCGUUUUUGAAUUAUUUAUGACAUCCACUCCUUCCUGCUUUUCUUUUUCACACUGCAUGAUGAUUUCUGGUGCUAAAACAUUUUCUUACUUUGUGUGUCAGGUCUGGUGAAGUUGGGUGUCCACUGUAUAACAGGACAAAAGGUGGCCAUAAAGAUUGUCAACAGGGAGAAACUCUCCGAAUCAGUUCUCAUGAAGGUAAAGUUCAAGUCAUCAACCUCACCUCAUCCAGCUCUCUUGUGCUCUGUGUUGCUCCUGCUCUCGACUGUCAUUCUUGUGGCUUCAAAGCUUAAAUCAUGACAAGAAUAUGGCUUCAGAAAUAGCAACAGAAAUGGAGUCUUUAUUCCUGUAAAAAAAAAAUAAAAAAAAAACCUGUCUGUGUGUUGUAACUUGGAGCAGACGAGUGUGUGGGCACUGCUUCUGAGGAGCGAACAAUAAAGAUGAUUUCACUCUGCUAAUUAAGUCCUCUGAUGAAAGCUCCUGCAGCUGAAACACUCUGGACUGAAUAGCUUUAUCAUGUUGGUGCUUCGAAUAUGACUGAGAACUUGCAGCUUGGUGCGAAUUUGUGAUUUGAGAAGACAGGCAAACUCAAGACUCAAGGAAUCAGCUCUGUAGUUUUGGACAUUUCUAGAAGGUGGCGUCAACCUUAAAGAGACGCUUUGGUGAGUUUUCAACCUGGGCCCUAUUUUCCCAUUUUGUUAGCGCGUGUUUGACUGAAUAGUGUUUGAAAUUGGUCAGCAACUGAGCAUCGCCAAACUGCAUCCACUCCAAGUGCUUUAUUUCACCACUGACAGGCUCAGAUUGUUAUUACAAGUCCUGACAACAGAAUGGCAAGGGUUUCCUAUUGGAUGAAAAAUACAGAAGUGCUCACUAAUCCAUCAGUGUGUUCGGACUCCCAGAGGAUUUCAUCAAAACUUUUUUCUGACUGUGCCACACCUCCUAACCCCGAAUACCUCAAAGCUUUUAUAUCACAGUGAAAAUGGAAUAGGCGUACCAUUCAAUAUUCAAUCCAACCAUGUGGACAGCAAGCCGAUAUUGUACCUCUGUCUGAGCCGUGUGUGAGACUGUUAACUAGGUCAAACUAGGACAGCUGCUGGUGCUGAAUCCAGAUUGCAUAAACUUCCUAAACACCCAACAGGAAAUAAAAAAACAAUUGUUUUUAUCGUAGUGCUCGGGAUGUUUCAAAUCUGGCUUCUCGUAGCGUUCAUCCAUGUCUGUUUGUGGAAGAGGUUUCCCGCUCUCCCCCUUUGCAUGUUCGGUGGACAAAAUUCACAGUCCGUGUCUAAUGUCAGGAAUAUGUGAUGAACUGUUCAGUGGCAGUAGUUAAGGAGAACAAAACUGUCUUCAUUUACUCGACAGUCUCUCUAAGAAGUUGAUGUUCAGCCAACUUACAAAAAUUCAACCAUCCACAACUUUUCUGCAAAGUUGCCCAAACAUAUUUCCCCUGCAGGCAUCAUCAUGUUCGUCACCAGCUUGACUUCUUUAUAAAAUAUUGAUCUGCUUCACUCUGCAAGCUCCAUUUGGCUUACUUGCUGUAUGAUAUUGUACCAUUUGUAAUAGAUGACCAACACCUUUAUACUGGUGCUGCUGUCACCUUUGAUAUGGCAGUAGUUCUCUGUAUAGACCUCCUUCUUGUUACACAUUGUGAGUAGUCGAUUUUCUCUGUCAGUAUUUCCAGCUGAGGUAAAUUUAAGGAUUUACUUCAUAAGAGUAAAUGUUCACUAUUCACUGAUUUCUUGUUUUUGUCUUAAAUGACUUUACAACGACGAUUACAACGACGAUUACAACGACGAUUACAACGACUUUAUUCCCAUUUCCCUUGAAUUUUCCUGAAAUCUGACGUGUUACUUGCUGUCCUUCUCUUUCCUCAGUCCACUCCCCUCUGACAUUUCAGUCUCCAUCUUUUCUAACCUCUUUUUCCCUCUUCUCUCUCUCUUAACCUUUAUUCCCUCCCUUUAUCCAUCCAGGUGGAGAGAGAAAUAGCUAUUCUUAAACUAAUAGAGCACCCUCACGUUCUGAAGCUGCAUGAUGUCUAUGAGAAUAACAAAUACUUGUGAGUAUCUCUUCAUCUUUUUUUUUUCUUUCUGCUCUUUUUUUUUAAUCUUUCCUCUCUGCCUCUGGAUCCCCACCAGAUUAGAAACAACUUUGAUUCAGAAAAAGAAAGAAGUUGGUUUUUUUUGUGAGAGAGAACUGAUAAAAAUAACCAUCUGACAUAGAAGACACAGGCUUCUGUGGAGUUUUUUUUCCUUUCCUCUCCUCACCUGUCUUCUUCUUCUUCUCUCGGCCAUCUCAGGUACCUGGUGUUGGAGCAUGUGUCAGGCGGAGAGUUAUUUGAUUACCUGGUAAAGAAGGGCAGGCUGACCCCCAAAGAGGCCAGGAAGUUCUUCAGACAAAUCAUCUCUGCCCUUGACUUCUGCCACAGUCACUCAAUAUGGUAUGUGAGAGGUUAUUGACCUCAUGAAGGCUAAUUUUGGUUCAUGCCAUGUCCAGCGUCGCUCACCCUAGCCUAUCUUUAACAUUGCCGAUGCUGAGUCAAAGUCAGUUCUAACAAAUGCUGUUUGUCAAAGGGAUCCGAACAGCAGCCUCCCCAAUGACAGACCUACUCUUGACCUAUUGCUUCUCCUGGCCAGUUGUCACAAUCACAUCUCAGCAGGGUAGAACUGGACAGAGCUGCUCGAAGAAAAGAGAGUAAAGAAAAAUGACAGCAUUCAGUUAUCUGUGUGUCACAUAAACCUUCCUCCUGUACCAUUGGAGUUUUAACUCCAGUGUUACAGAGAUUUACCAUCUCAUGUCUUUGUAAUAACAUCUCAAAUCCACAGCAGCGUAAUAUCAGCGUCCCCAUGUGUGAUUUUACAUUGCGUUAAGGUGUUGCUGAUGCUCGAGAUGCCCGAUGUGUAAACACAAAGAGCAUGCGGCUAAACAUACACAGAGAAAAGCAAUGUUCAGCUCUGCAGGCUUCACUGCUUAACACUGAUCCCGUCUUGCCCCUGUUCCGCUUCUUUUACCACCUCCAACACCGCCUCAGUCGCAGACUAACUUUGUUCCACCAGUACGCCGCUGUGACAUUGUUAGAGGGAAAGAGACAGAGAAGAGCCAGCGGACAGGAUGGGGAAAGCUUAUGCCAAAUAACCUCAAUGUAAAAUCUGGCUCAUGAUGAUUGUUCCUUGUUAAACCAAUCUGAUUUGACCUCUGCUCUGACUGCCUACACCAACGAAAAGUUACUCAUCAACAAAAAGUGUCAAGUUAUUCUAGACAACUGUAUAUCAUCAUGCAUGGGCGUAUCUUAUCAUAUGAUUGAGGUUAAGUUGAUUGAAACAUAGAGUUGUAUAUAAUUAGAUUAGUUACAGAAAAAGAUGUGUGUUUACAUAAAUACGAUACAGCUUCCGAUGUAAUACCGAUAUUGUAGCCUUCAGUAUUGGCCAAUUCCCGUAUUGAUCUUAUAUUAGCACAAACUUAUGCAUGACAAGUUUUGCUCUCAGCUACAACGUCUUUUUCGGACGUGAAAGAUACUGCCACAUGGCCGACAUCAUUCCUACUCUCUGCUACUUUGUUAGUACCUUAGUACACACUGUUGUUGUGAUCACAUGGGAUCUGCAUGCUGGAUCUAGGCGCUGCUAGAUAGAAAUAGAUAGAACGGAGUCUGGAAUGGACUGCUUGUGUGGGAGUGCUGAUAUCGGAGAUUUUGGAUGCAGGCCGAUAUAAUCCGAUAUAUAUAUUUUUCUUUAUGCUGAUAUUGGACCGAUAUCUGGUAUCAAUAUCAUAUUGGGUAGGGCUGGGACGAUAUGCUUUUCUCCCGAUUCGAUUCUUCUACGAUUUUUAGAUGCCAAUUCGAUUUAAAUUGUGAUUCUACAAUAUUGUUGAUUUUCUCAAUCUGCAUUUUUUACACCAGUGAAACAGUUGAAUGAUUGUGAUCUUCUACUGACUAUUCCUGGAACCAUAUUUCUCCAAAAGAUAAACCUUACAUGUCAGUCAGCUUUUAAGAUUUAUUCUUAAAUUAAAAAACAAAAAACAAAAAACAAAAAAAAAAAUUAAUUUAAAAAUUGUAAAACAAAAAAUUGCGAUACUUAUUUUGAAUCGAUUUUUUUCUCCCACCCCUCGGUACAUCCCUACCAAAUACAUUUUCUGUGACUGACCAUGUAGAGAAAGUCUACCUGACAUCAUUAGUUGCACUAGUGAGCUGAAACUUCAUAUUUCUUUUAUCACUUGUUAUGUUUUCCUCACUGAAAUAUUUGAAGACCCUCAUGUAAAAUCUAUCAUACAGGCAUUAUUUUCAAGCCAAGAUAUUCCUAAAAAGCAGGUUUAUUUACCAAUCAGAGAUCCCACAGACACCUGCAUCCCUCCGCCAAGACUGCUUUAUGUUCAAAGUGACUGUAAGAUGUCCCUUUGUCUAAAUGUUUACAUGUCAUGUGAAAGUAAACUGAGAGAACAAAGAGGCUGGUUUGGUUAUAGUUGCUGUUUAUGGUCUGGAAAAAGACUGAAGUUCUUCCAGUGAUGGUGUGUUCCUGUGUGUGAUUUGUUGUGUUUUUGUGUCCAGUCACAGAGACCUGAAGCCUGAGAAUCUUCUCCUGGAUGAGAAGAAUAACAUCAGGAUAGCAGACUUUGGCAUGGCCUCACUACAAGUUGGGGACAGCCUGCUGGAAACCAGUUGUGGGUCAGUAGUGGCUUGUAUUUGUGUCAUCCACUUGUCCCCUCACUUUCUUACUGAACUAGAGGUUUACAAUAUUUCUCACUUUUGAGAAAAACGAGUGCACUUCAGGUGAUUUCUGAUGUGAUUCAUCCUCUUGUGUUUUUUAUGUUGAGUACAUACUCAAUAGCUUUUUUUUUUUUUUAUCUCAGCCUAAUCAUUGUUAAACUUCCUUCCAAACAGGUGAAUGUGGAUGUAACAGAAAAAACUGAGAACAGCAUCAUCUCAUAUUUUUAUUUUCCCUGAUAAAAAAGGAAGUUUUGGUGAUUUUUAGUGUCUGUUUACUGUGGUGUAAUAAUGUACCUUUCUUUCAUUAUAGAUCCCCACAUUAUGCUUGCCCAGAGGUCAUUAGAGUAAGUUACUCCCCUUUCUCUCUCUUUCUCAGUGUGUGUGUGUGUGUGUGUGUGUGUGAACUCUAUAAUGUUGUUCUUUGCUCUUCAGGGGGAGAAGUAUGAUGGUCGCCGGGCGGACGUCUGGAGUUGUGGAGUGAUUCUCUUUGCCCUCCUUGUGGUAAGAAUAUACCUCGUUUUGGUAUAAUCACACUUUCAGUCUUUAGUGUUUCUGUUAUAACAUUUGAAGUCCCUGGUAUUCUUCUAAUGUCAAAAUACUGGUUUUAAACUUAAACAUCAAGUUACGUCGCUGCAAUUAGCUGCGUCCCAUUUUCCUUAUGUUUUCUUCCCUCUGUUAGCAAGUUACAAAUAUAAACAGGCAUAUGGGAGACCUGGGGACACAAUUCAAGAUGGUUCAGGCAUCAUAUUAAAAAAAUAAAAUAAAAGAAAGAGUAUUACACCAACAAGUUAAAACUGCAAUGAUUGGGUGUUUGCCAGGCUAGCUGACUUUUCCUGUUUUCUAUCUUAACGCCUGCUUCAGGUGGAAAAGUGUUGGUCACUCAACCUGUUCUCCAUCUUGUCCCACUCCUUCCCAGGGUGCCUUGCCCUUUGACCACGAUAACCUGCGGCAGCUCCUAGAGAAAGUGAAGAGUGGGGUGUUCCACAUGCCUCACUUUAUACCUCCUGACUGCCAAUCUCUGCUUAAAGGGAUGAUCGAAGUCAACGCAGAUAAGAGACUCACGGUGAGAAGGGGGAAGGGGGGGAGAAUGGCGGAGGAUUUUACUAAAGGACUAAAAUGGUAAAUUAAGCUAAAAAAAAAAAGAUUGUUUUUGAACAUGUUUGCCUGAUGCAGUAACAGUGUUGUCUAUCCACUGCUAAUAAGAGAAGUCUGCUUGUCUUGAUCUCAGAGGGAUCGGGCAAAGUCAUGCAAAAUCAAUGUCAGCCAAAAGUCUCCAAUGUUGAGAGAGUUCUGUCAGGCCUCAUAUUCAUCAGCACUGGAGACAAUUAACCCGGCACUCAAAGCACAUAGUGACUGCACUUUUCAACACCAUAGCACCAUGAGUGCGGCAUUUUUAUUGGCAGGCUUUUCACAAAGGAAACAGGAAGGCUCCUGGAGCUAGUUAGCAAGCAUGCUGACAAAACUGUGAGCAUUAUAGCCUGUGAUGCCUCUUAAUGACUCACAGGCAAGAAUAACAAGACAUCCAGAGACUGACGCAAUAAGGAGAAAAAACUGUUGAUUUUUACCCUUAAAUUUGAAUAGAAAGACAGCCUGAGAGAAAGUAAACAGCACAUGAAGCAAAAUGGCAUUUAGAAUUAAGAAAGGGCACAGCCCAAGGCUUUGCUGAGAGACGUUACAGAAAUUUACCCUGACAUAAAAUCAUACAGGGGGAGGAGGAAGGAGAUGAGGAAAACAGAAAAAGCAGAGCCAAAAAUGGGCUUAAUGUAUCGCUCAGAGUUAAACAUCAACCCUGGGGCUGGGCCUUAAUCCUCUCUCUGAAGUACUUUCAAAAACGCCAACAUGUGGAGACGAGGUUUAAACGGGAGUCUGGAUUUGUAGUAAAAAGGUGACAAGAUGUGUUUAAAUUCUAGUUUGAAAUAAACCCAAGGUACUUGUGCUGAAAUGAUGAAGGAAUCCAUCCCAAACCACCUUGGUUGCAAUACGUAGGCUGUAUGAUAAGUUACAUAACCUACCACAUGGCUCCUAAUGCCCCCACGACCAGGCAUGAAGAGAAGAGGGGACAGAUGGGGAGAAAGAGCCUGUACAUCAGCGGCGUUAUCAGCUGGCAGGGCUCCCACCAACUGACCAGAAACAGCUGACCAGUUUUCCAGUCAUGGAAAACACAUGGAGAAAGCCAAAUGUCCUGGAAAAUCUUGUGCUGUCCUGGAAUAUAAUUAUAUCUGCCCGCUAAUUUCAUUUUAGAGAUCCACCAAACAGAUGGCAAUAUCAUGUGAAGAGGCUAAAUAUGAUCAGCAUCACAUCAGAAAGUGAUGGUAGUUUAUGGACAACAGUACCCCCUGAUUCAUUUCAUACAGGAGCCUGUGAUGGAUGACGAUAGAGGAGCAUUACAGUUACAGCAGUGGAGACUACAAAUGUAAAAAUACAAGUCCAACUGGCGGUAGUGUCUGUUAGGUUUAUACAUUAUCUUUGCUGUCUUCUCUUCAUGUUUUAAAAUGUAAAAUAAAACUAGCAUGAUUGGUUCAGUUGCUAAAGCUGACGUGUUUCAAAUGUGUGAGGAGUUGAUGGGACACCAUAAUAUUGAACAGGAUGUGGUUAAAACUAUGAAGUUUAGACAAACCACGAACAAGUCAAACAACAGCUAAAAUACUGCUGAGGUGUGCAGAUUUUUCACUCGCAUAGUCUCUCUCUCAUACAUAUACUGUAUAUUGAAUGGACAGAGUCUGCCUUCUUGCUGGGUGAAGCCACCAUGAGGACAGCACCCUCUGGUGAUGGACUGCAGUGUAGGUCUUAAUCCCGCCUCUUUCAGCAAUCCCUAUGGAGCUGUGGACAAACUUUAGAAAUUUAUUACACGGAAUAUACAUUUUUCUCCCCCCUGCUUGUGAUGUUGACAUGUAGUUACCGUAAGACUGGUUUGUGCUCAAGUCCUCUUUUUUCUGUACAGCUCUGUUUUUAAAAGUUAUUAGGGGGUUCACUUGAUACAGCCUAUGGGUGUAUCACCCCUGGGGAUAUGCUGUUUGAGUCGAGCAUCAUAACAGCGACUCUCGGUGACUUGCCUAAUGUGUAUAAUGCUACUGCGCAAGUGUUGGAGUGCAUGCAAUGCUACUGCGCAAUGUUGAUUUCAGGAAGUGGAGAAAGAUCACGGAAUUACCGAGAGCUUUUCGGCUUCGAAUCUGAAUACUGGCGGAAGGCGUAACCAAGUUGUCCUUAGUAUAUACAGUCUGUGAUCUCAUAGCACCAUCUAAAACUCUUCCUAGCUGAGUGAGAGCAUCACGCGUCCUUAUCAAAAAAAAAAAAAGACAAAUUGCCCUAAAAAAUGUCUCAGAAAUGUAAUAUUGAGUUCUUCUCCUCUCCAGUCACAACAUCUUGGCGGGGCUUGACAGCGAUCUCAGGGACCCCGCAGCCUCCCCUUCAAUGCUCACUCUCGGCAUCAGUCAUACACAUGUGCAGAAUCCCCUCAUUUUACCCUCUGGUAGUUCUAACUCCAACUGCAUUGCCACCUUUAAUAGACCCAAGCCUUGUUUACGCAAACACCAUAUGGUGCCAGUGCCCAUACUACACGUAAAGACAGAUGGUGAUAAGAGCUCGAUCCCACCGGGUUGCACUGUAUGCUUUCAGGAGGGCAGGACCAGGGUGAAGCCUGUGUGGACUAGAGCUUAGUCUUGCCAGGUCAGGCUUUACAACAAGACAUAGACAGGUUCAAUGUUUUGAGUCAUCCAGGCAAAGAUUAGUUUUUGUUCCGACCUUUUAAGGCAAGUUAUCACCUUUUUUUGGAGACAAAUUAUGUGAAAACAAAAAGAGAGUGGCUUGUUUUUACAACAGGAGUGAAAGUAGCAUGAAGGAGGCACUGGUGGUCAGGAGGAACAAGGCUUACAAAAGAGAUCUGCAAUCUAGAGAGAGGAAAAAGGAAGAGGAGGAAGAACUUCCACAGUACUUUGGUUUUAAAGUGAGGCUGUGUAAACGCAGCUAUGGUUGGAAACCAAUAAGAAGCAGAAAGAUGUGGACAACUCUGCUUCUAUGGCUCCCAGGAUGCCGUUAAAUACAGAUGGAGAUGUUGAAUACAGACAGGAAGAAAGUCUGGUCAGUUAGUCAUUCAGCUACAACAGAGCAGAUUUAAUCAAAGCUGUGUGUUCGUUGAUUAAUGAAGCCUGAAACCAGGUCACGCUGGCUCUAUCUCUGUCCUCCUGUCUGCUAGAUUCUUCCAUGAGAACGAGUCCCAAUGUAAAAAUAAAGUCAGAUUUAAUUCAGUUCAAAAGGAAAUGUAAAGAUAGCAAAUAGAAGAUAACACAGUCACACACACUGUGCCUUGAAUUUGUAUUUUUGUCUUUGUAUUGAUAGUACUAAGUGCAAUCGUUGUCAAACCUCCUUUGAAACAAGUAUUUUGUCAGCAGGAAAUAUCGCACAUAAAAUACUCAAAAAAACAUUUGACUGACUCAAGUCAACAGGAUGAGAUCAUUUUGGUCGGGAGACACUUAAAAAAUGGACAAAGGAUAAGAACAAACAGAGACUGCUUUGUCCACCCAGGGCACCAAAACUGACACCAACACAAAGUUCCUCACAGGAGCUUUAAAGAGGCAUUACUGUUCAGUUCAAUCUGUUUCAACAGCAGUUAAGAAACCUCCACACCAGCUUCAGGUUACUGCUUUUCUAAGUCUGUAAUAACCCCACAGUUCUCCACAGUGCCCGUGGAUGUACAGAGGACUCUGACGGUGAUGUUAGUGUCUCCUCUGAGCUGCCUUCAUUUCUUCAGAUGCUAGUUUAAAGUUUUAAUGCCCCCUCUUUAUAUGCUAUCAGGGUACAGCCACUCCAACACCAGAAGAUAUGGUGCAGUAUGAAGACUCCAGUUUUCUCUGUAUGCAAUUCUACUGCAGAUAUGAGACUUCUGCAGAGUAUAGACUGUGUUUUUGUGUAUCUAGUCUGUGUAUCAUAGGAAACUGUUCCCCUAAGAUGGUAAAAGUUGAAACAACGAAGUCUGGCACCAUAACAGCUUUGGGGAACUCUAUCUAAAGAUAUUAAAAUACACACAAGCUAAUGUUAUUUUCAACUUCUUUACUAAAACUGUUUAAUUUGAUCGUCUCAGGCUGAUGGAAAUGUUGCUGGAUUUAAGUAAGAGACAAAAAAUCACUAUGUUAUGAUCCAUUUUGAGGUGAAGACAAACCUUUGCUAUAGUUUAUAAAGAUGAUUUGUAGGAACACACUGAGACAUGCUAAUUCCUGAUCUUUAUUUUUGGUUUUCUGAGCAUCUCUGUGCAAAAGAGCAGCUAAAUUUAGCACUGUGAGUGUGUCUGCAAUGCUGACUCAGCUGCUUUGGACCUCUAUAAGGGAAGAUGCUGGGGUGACUCAGGUCUUUUUUACAUAGUGUUCAGUUUGACAGCAGAUGCUACAUCUUUGCUCUUAUGUUGCUGUAUAGUUAAUAAAGUUAUAAACAUGGAAAGUGGUGUUUUCACUGUCAAGCUUAAAGCUCGUCUUUUCUGUUUUUAUACAGCUAGAAGCAAUACAAAAACACGCCUGGUACCAGUAAGUACGGUUCUUCUUCUUCUUCUUCUUCUUCUUCUUCUUCUUCUUCUUCUUUGUGUCAGUCUUGAAAAGUACUUUAAUGCUCAUUUUGAUGUUACAAACUAACAAUUCAUAAGAAAAGUUUAAGUAAAGUAAAUGCAACAUCUCAAUGAACCCUCAGUCAAAAACUGAUGUUAGCAAUAUAGUUCUAUGUGGCUAAAAUCUAGAAGAAAGUACUGUGCUUUUUGGGUACCUUAACCCUGUGUUUUUUUGGACUUUGUCUUCUGGGAACCUUAAACCUGUGUUAUUAUGUUGGACUCUGUCUGGGCUUGUUGUAACUUGAGGUAUUUCUCUUGUUUCUCUGUUCAGGAGCGGUCGUAAUGAGCCCUGUCCCGAGCAGCCACCCCCUCGCCGUGUUUGUGUGAAGAGGAUUGUGUCCCUAACAGAGCUAGACCCUGACGUCCUUGAAAGCAUGUACUCCUUAGGGUGCUUUAGAGAUCGAGUCAAACUCAUACAGGACCUUACAAGUGAGGAGUGAGUAAAUAAUACCCAUCAUACCUUUCCACCAUGAAUGACAAUGCAUCCAUGUACAACACUCUGAAAAGUAAAUACAGGCCUCCUCGAGGAAUUUGACCAUCAAUCACGCAGAUUCAUAACACCAUCUUUCUGACAGUAGUUUUAAAUUAUACUACAUAAAUCUUAUUCGUAGACAAUGAAUUAAGAACACAAAACAGUUUCCACCGAAUUUGUGUAUGCUCACUUGACAUAUACCGAGUAAAACCAUAAACUGCUUUUGAGAUUGGGUUGCUGUCUCUGAACGUUACUCAUUUAUUUGUGGAUAAAACAUAGCUCUUGUCCACAAGGUCACAAUCCUGACCCUGAUACUCAUGUUAAUACAAUCAGGAGAUUGAAGAUAAUGGUUCAUGGUAGUUUGUCCUCACAUUGUGUUGAUAUAAUGAUAUAUGACUGAAUUAGCUGAAAUGUUGCCUGGGGCAGCCGAAGGCACCAACCUGUCUCUUAGAGUUGCAUGUUUUUAUGCAUCACUGGCAGGCUGUGAAUAUUAGUUUCCCAGUGUUUCUAAUUUAGUGCAGCAACCUGUAGUCUUGAGGAAUAACGCAGAGGUGGAAAACUGCAGUCCCACAAGUGUCCACUUGAGGCUGACUCCAGAGGCCUGGAAGCCACUUACACAUUAAUUCACAGAAGCCCAUUUUCACAGUAAUGUACUUCCUGGUACAAAUACAGUUUUGGUCUGGUUUAUUCUGGUUCAUUUCUCAACCCUGCACCAGGCAAAGAUGGAUUUUUGUAACUCAUUAAUUUUGGAGAUGGUAAGGUCACAAGUUUUGCAUGAUUCUGGGCAUUCCUGACUUGACCGGUGCUGGACUGUGGUGACCAGCAGCACUGGUAAGGAGGUUCAACUCCACCUCUUUGCCUCGUGCUAUGUCGACUGAAAGUUAGGUCGGGUCAGCAUUUACAACACAACUGAUAGACUCACCUUCAGAAACCAAUAAAGGACAUGUUAAUAUAGUUUAUGGUACUGACUUGCUGUUGGGCCAGGCUUGAGUGGACAUUCGUGUAGCUGCAGUUUUCUCCACUUGAUUGUAGGCUUGGAAAUCAAGACAUUGAAAUUUUUUUUUUUUACAUUUCCCUUGUUAGUUUUCCACACUUUUGAGUCUUUUUCUGACAUUACUGCCAGUCAGUUAGUUGGUCAUGAAUCUGUCUGAUGUUGCAGGGACAAGAAUAAAAAACAUGCCUCCUUUAUCCAUGCUCUUGUUCAGCCCCUUUCUCUGCAAACAAAUAUGGCUUAUCUACCCACUAUGCAACAGCAGAAGCAGCUCUGACUUCUUGCGAUAAAAAAAUCCAACUGACAUGAGUUAAUUACAGUACGGCCUUACAAAUCAAUGUUUUCACAUAAACAGCGGAUAGAGUGACCGUUCCCACUGUGAGGAGAGUCAGUCAUUGUGACAAAAACAAAUAACAAUAAUCAGCUAAGUUCUCUCUGGCUGUGUAAAAAACAUCUAAGUGUCUUUCAGCCUUUUUCUCUUGUGUAUUUUCUCGGCCCACAUACAGUAUGUGUUAUCUGUUUUAGUCUCACAGCUCUCCUCUUCCUUUCUAUCAGAGACAAAGGCAGCUGUCACUGGUGAAAAACUCUAAGAAAGUCCACUCUGCUCUAUCUGACCCCCAACAAAACCUGACAGACAUGCUUAGCAACCUACUGGUGAAUGUAGUGCGAAUAACAGUGCCAGAGCCAUAUAUUCUCUUUAAGAGUUUGUGCAGACCAAAAGAAAAAAUCUCAAUUUUCUAUCCUCUAUUACUUUUCAGCGCCCUGAUCUGUUUUUGUCUGCUCUAAGCUGUUUCUCUGUCUUCUCCUCCUCUCGCUGAAAUUUGAUUCUUGCUCUUCUGCGUCUUUUUCUGCAGGGAGAACCAGGAAAAGAUGAUUUACUACCUCCUGUUGGACAGGAAGGAGCGAUACCCCAGCUAUGAAGACGAGGAUCUACCACCUAGGAAUGAUUUAGGUGAGGAUACUUGCUCUUUUAGUUUUGCUUGAAGACAAAAGUCAUUUAACCUUUGACAUUGCCAUCACCACAAAGAAAAAUAUCAGUCAAGGUUAAAGCGUUGUAAUUUCCUCCGUUGUUUGUAUUUUCGUCCAUUAAGACCCACCAAGGAAGCGUGUGGACUCACCAAUGUUAUCCCGUCAUGGCCGCUGUCGUCCAGAAAGGAAGAGCCUGGAGGUCCUCAGUGUCACAGAACAGGGAUCUCCCACCCCGCCUCGCAGGGCGCUCGACACGAGUGCACACAGCCAGAGGUACAACCCAGGAAUAAUAUAAAGCUUUUUCUUUUUUUAAACUUUGGCUACGUCCAAGUUACCACAAAAUACCAUGUGACUGAUUGACCCUCAUAUCAUCUAAUCUUGUUGUUUGUUGCUGCCUCCAAAAGGUCUCGUUCGGUCAGUGGGGCGUCCACAGGGCUGUCCUCUAGUCCUCUCAGCAGUCCGAGGGUAAGAAUGAAACUCACCUUUGUGCACCCAUAAUCACACUGAAAAAGUUUGUUUUUGAAUCCAAAGACAAUAAUUUUUAAUCAAAGUUACACAAUUUAAACUUUAUAGAUACACCGUCUUCAAAAUAUUUCUGCUCAAUUUAUCUCCCUUUGCUUAUAGCUGCACUGGCCAUAAAAUAUGCUGUUUCCUACUUAGCCAUUACAUAAUCUGACUUGAUGGUCAUCAGUCAGUCACUCUUUUAGCAGUUUUUAUUUGAGCUUUUUAGAUAUGCAGCAACAGAGCGGAAAAGCACUUCUGCGAACGCUGUGUGCUCUGUUUAGAAAUGCUGUUAUAACCUGCGAUUGCACCUGCCAACCUCCUUACCUCCCUGACGUUGUUAAGCAGUACAGCAGCUUUUGUUAGGUAAAAAUAUCAUACUACUCUCAUGUCUAUAACCUAAAACUUAUUUUUGAAUUUGCAUUCAUAAAGAUAAUAACAACAAAGUGAUUAAUUGUCUCUCAUUUUCUCACUAUCAGCCAUUGCUAGCUUUUUGUGUAACACUAUUGUGACUCAACCAGUUCUUUCUUAUCUCUCUGUGCAGCUCGCUCUUUUUUUUUGAACAUGUGGCAUAUGUAAACAUUUCUGGGACACUGUAUCAGCAGCUUCAAUAUUACAGAGAUAUCUGUUUUUGGCAGCCAGUAUCACAAAACAAAUUUCCUGUCAAGGUUUUGUCUUUCAUAACUGUUUCUCAGACCACCUCUGUCAGUCAUUCCCUUCCAUCAACAUGCUGUCAUAUCCUCUCAUUUUCAUUUCAUACACACUUCAUCAUACUGCUUUAUACAAAAGUCUGGCGACCCGGAACAAAGGGGACUAAAACUCACACAUCAACAGACACACAACGAAACCAAAUCCAUCUUUCAUUUGCUUUGUCUGAUCCAGUCUUGUUUGAGAACCCUUUCCAUGAACCAUCAUUCAUGACCAGUGCUUUUUGUCCAUCUCCCAUCCCCUCCUUCUCCCCAUCUCUCUCUGUGUGCCCAUCAGAGCCCGGUCUUCACUUUCAGCCAAUCAGAAGUCACCCCCACCUCUACCUCCACCUCCACCUCCAAAGACCCUAAAGCAGGAAGCGCAACAUCUCGGCCCACCCGUCCAGCGCCUGACCCUAAAACCCAAACUCUGCCCUCAAAGGGCCCCACUGAGCGACCACAGCUCCACUCCAUGAAGUCCCUCCCUCUGCAGACACCGCGCUCUCCUUCCCCGUCCCCGUCCCCCCUCCACUCCCCACGCUUCUUCAACUUCCCCUCUCCAUCUGUCUUCAAGUCUAAGAAUGUCCACUCAUCCUCUAACUCCUCUGCCACCCCUCCUCCUGUGUCGCAGGUCACACCGCAGGGCUCACCGCUGCCCACCCCACUGGGCACGCCUGUGCACCAGCUCCAACACCCUUCCUCCACCACCCCUCCUUCCUCCUCUUCCUCGUCUUCUUCUUCCAGAGCAGAUGGAGCCGGCGGGGCCUCACUAUCGCUGACACCGCCCUCUAGCCCGGGCGGCAGCGGUGGUCUGGCAGCCUCAAGCUCCGCCCACUGGAGAACAAGGCUUAACUCAUUCAAAAACAACCUACUGGGCUCGCCACGCUUCCAUCGACGCAAACUGCAAGGUAAGUUAAGAUGGAGAAUUGAAACAAAUGGACAGUGACACUGCAGAUGCUGUCAGCUGAUUGGCUUAUGCAGUAAAGGACCUUACUUUUGCAGCUGAAGAGUUAUGUAACAUUAAUGUUCAUCAGUGUGACCUCAGUGCUGUUUUUACUUUUAGAUUUCUCUGUCCUUUGUUGGCAGGCGAGUAAGGUUCUAUUAUUAACAAGAGGCCAGCAGACGCCUCAGUCUGCAGCCUGCAGCUGUGUUAAGCUAUGUCUGAUUCUGUGAUUAUCUGUAAUUAGGGAAAUUGAAUUAGAGCCUGCCCCCUCAGAUUCACUUUCUUUUUCCUUUUCUUAGUCCCAACAUCAGAGGACAUGUCCAGUUUGACUCCAGAGUCCAGUCCUGAGUAAGUCCACAUGUCUCUCUGUGUAUUUUACUUGUUUUAUUUUUAACUUUUAAGACUAUUAGUCAUAGCUUUUAAGGUUGCUGAGCCAGGUUUUGAAACAAACUGAAAUGAACAGGGAUACAACUAGGGCUGGGCGAUAAAAUGAUAACAAUUUAUAUAAAAAAAUUAUUUUCCCUCAAUAUCAAUAUAAAACAUGGUCAAUAUCCUUUUCAGUAGUUGGCAUUCUGACAUGUUUUGGUAGUCUAUACGAAAAGCCAAUGAAAGGGGAAGUUGCUCCGGGUCUGCUUCAUGCUGAACCAAUCAUGUGCUGAAUUAGCUCUAAGUAGCAAACAACUGCAUAGUAGCAGGUUGCAGCUACACGCAACCAUAGCACUUGAACACGUGCAGCCGACAGCACUGUCGGUGAGAAAAUGCAGAUGAAAGCUGAGCAGAUGAUGACAUUGUAGACAACACUGGCAGGAAAACGUUGGUAGUGUGGGGGUAUUUUGGUUUUCUGAGGUUGAACCUGAAGCAGAGUACUGUACACUGCAAAUUAUGUCGAGUACAUGUUAUUGCAAAGUCGGGGAAUACCUCAAAUCUUUUUCACCACCUAAAGCAGUGCCACGCUGCAAAACACGAGCAGAGUAAGGAGCCCAUAGAGCCUGUGCAGCCGAAACAGCUGACCAUUCAGUCCGCUUUCUCUAGUGCAACGCCUUACGACAAAAUGUCAAAGAGACACAAAGACCUCACAGAUGCAGUAGCUUAUUGUACUGCAAAAGACAUGCUACAAAUAAGCACUGUAAAAUUUUAUUUUCAUAUCGUGAUAUACAUCGAUAUCGACUGAUAUGAAAAAAAUAUAUUGUGAUAAACUUUCUCCCAUAUCCCCCAGCCCUGGAUGCAACUAUAUGAUUGAGAAACGUAUCCAACACUGUCUACAACACGACAGACUAUUUGUACUGUGUUUUAUUGUAUUGAAAGUGUGUUACAGCUGCCACUGGGUCAGUGUCAGACAGUUCAAUCAACAGUACACAACUGAAACAGUUAUUGUUGAAGAGUGAGUGACCAUUAAAGGACAGCAGGAUGAGACUUGUCACAGGAAAACACUGCUUACUCAUGUACAGGGAAGGACGAACCGCUUUUGCUGCAGGGAGCACCAAUAUUGUUUGAUCAUAUUUUAAUGUUAUGCGUUCUCCCCAGCUGCUAAAUGACCUGGAAAUAUUUGUUCAAGAUUAGAUUUUGGGAAAUAUUUUCGUUCAGGUGUUCAGGGAAAUUACUAUAUAUAGUCAAAUCAUUGACGUAAAUCUCUUGUUUAUUUUAGGUCAGUUAAAAAUAACCCAGCCAACCCAAAUUGGAUAUGUACACAUCUUCAUUUCUUGUGAACGUGUAAAUAGUGUCAGUGGAUCUAAAGUGUCGCUUGUCAAAUGUUCCUUUACCUGCAGGCUGGCUAAGAGGUCCUGGUUUGGUAACUUCAUCAGCCUGGAGAAAGAGGAGCAGAUCUUUGUCAUGAUUCGAGACAAGCCGCUCAGCUCUAUCAAAGCCGACAUCGUACAUGCCUUCCUCUCAGUGAGUACAAUCCAGCUCGGAUAAGUCUCAGCACUGUCGUUCUGAUACCAUUCAUGGCCUUUGAGGCAGAGUUCAGGAUUUUAUCUUUUUUUAAUCCACAUAAACCUUUUCUUUGACAUCUUCAGAUCCCGUCCCUCAGUCACAGUGUGGUGUCUCAGAACAGUUUCCGGGCAGAGUACAAGUCCUCUGGCGGCCCCUCUGUCUUCCAGAAGCCUGUCAAGUUCCAAGUAAAUAUACAUACACACAUCUUGUAUAUAUAAAUAUGAAUACAUAAAAUAUGUUUACUUCUUUAGGCUUAUUAGACAUAAGCUUAAUUCCUCAGGAGUAAAGUUUGAUUGUUCGAGCAUCAUUUGUGUGUCUCAGUGUAAAGGUCCACAGAAUGUAGACUUAAUAUCCUAAUUCCACCGCAAAUAUGGGGAUUAUAUCUGUCACUGUAUGGCAACUUUUAUAAACAUUUCACAGUCCAGAAAAUGGUGACAGAUGGUGUUUGUGUAAGUUUUCUGUGGUUCUCUGUGGUGGACUUAACCCAGCAAAUAUGCAUCCAUAUGUAAUGCUGAGUCGGUAGUGUGCCAGAUAUGAUCUUGAUAUUCUUUUUUGCUUUCAAAUGUAGAAACGAGAGCUGAUCAUUGAGUGUAUCCCUGCAGAUUGUAGAAGAGAUUGUAAUGUCUAUUGACGAGGCCCUCUAGUGGUGGAGUCUCAAAAGUUGCACUUCAACAAUCUUUAUUUUUUCUCUGUAAGCAUCUGUCCUGGACUUUUACUAGCAUUUGUGACUCUUUUUCCCUUCAGGUCGACAUUGCUUUCUCCGAGGGGGAGAGAGAGCGAGAGAGGGAGCGGGCAGAGAGAGAAGGAAGAAGAGAGAUGGGCAUCUACAGUGUCACAUUUACUCUAAUAGCAGGUAGGACUUGGUGUUAUUAGGAAGAUUCGUUCUCAUGCAUUCUAGCAUCUUUUAGCUUUUGUUACAGCUUUCAAGGCCUCAUGCAUAAAAGUACAUAUUUUUAUCAUCAUCUCUGGUACUGUGCUGUAUCACCAAGUGAUCUUUAUGUACUCUAAAUAUUAUAAUAUUUAGUAUAAAUAAGGAUCAACGUGUGGCACGCAGUCUAAGUUAUUAGAAGAGAUCUUCAGAUUCACUCUUUUAUUAAGUUUGAUUGUGAUUUCUUGGCGAAAUCCUUGAGGGUACAUCUCUGGUUCAGUAUUUCAAACUGGAGUUCAAGUCAUCACAUUUUAAAGGGUCGAUGCCGUCUCCUCUCAGGUCCCAGUCGCAGGUUUAAAAGAGUGGUGGAAACCAUACAAGCUCAGCUCCUGAGUACUCAUGAUCAGCCUUCUGUGCAGGCACUGGCUGGUAAGUAGCACACACACACACUUAUACACAUGCACUUCUAGUGUGUGUUUCACCUCUUCCUUCCCUGAUUUCACUCCUCAGAUGAGAAGAAUGGUCAGCUUACCCGUCAGCCGAGCACUCCUUCGCGUCAGAACUCCCGUCGUUCAGAAAGCGGAUCGGAGCGGGAGCGGGGAGAAAAGGAUCGUGCGGUGGAUGGGGUAAGCGGAAGUGGGAGCAGCAGUGGGACAGUCCUACAAAGGCAAGGAUCUGGGAAGGACAAGACCAGACUCCUCUCGUCAUCCAAUGGGACACAGUCUCAUCCUUGAAAAGAAUGUUUGGAAGAGAGGCGAGGGUCUUCUUCUUUGCCUUUUCCCUUCCCUCCCUCAGUCCUUCCCACAUUCUUCACUAACCUCUCUGUCCUUACAUCCUGUCUUGCUUCCCUCUGUUAUUCCAAAGCAAUGAGAAAGAGGGAGCUCUUCUUUAAAGCUGAUUGAAGGAUCUCAUGGAGAAUGGCUCCCUCCAAUGGCUUACCUAAGUUGAAAUGUAUACUUGUAGGAAGCAGGUUGAUUCCUGGUCAGCCUACAAGGGCAGCUUCACCCUGGAGAAACCAGUCCAAGGACAGGGCAUCACAGAUGUCCCAAGGCCUUACGGGAAAAGCUUACACUCCAGCAAACCUAUAAGCACACAACUUUUCAACCGUUCAUCCCAUGCAAGUCUGGGUUCAGACCCAAAAGGAAACCUCCCAACGGUCACUCAAACAACAGCAGAGGAGUCUAGCCUGUGAGUUACAGUCAUUCUCAUUUAUCUUUUUCCUCCAGGACAGCUUAUGGUCAACUUAGAUUAUCAGGCUUUCUCAACAAAACAUGACCAAACACGAAAGGCGCCCCCUCUCUCCCCUCACUCGGAUGAAAAACAAAACAAAACUUUAAGAGUUCAUCUCAAACAGGAAAGAUAGUUUGAAGAAGACGUUAGUGGACCUCGAAGUGGAUUUGCCCCCAUGAAAGUAAGCAAAACUUCAAAUUCUGUACUUUCAUCAUCACCGAGUCUGAAAACAUGACAGAAGAUGGAUCCGACGAGGCCGGCAUGUGGCAUUACAUCUAUGUGAAAGUUAAAAUCAGGAAGACAAGAUGCAACACUUUCUCGAGUGUGUUAGCAGCAUACAGUCCCACUCUUUAUUUCUCGGCUCCGCAGAUAAAGCUAAGACGCCGUAUUGCCUUUAUGGAGGAGAACAAGUGGAUUGCUAGAAAGAUUUAGUCCCAUUUUCAAGACACUUGUCACACCACUAGUUGAAUGUUUCCCAUGUAAAAAGCCCCACUGAAAAAGAGGGAGAUGAAUAGUUAGCAUGCUAGCUAGCUAUUUGGUAAGAAUAGAAGGAGAAAAGGAAAAUUAGCAGCUGAAUUUUAGGUUAACUCAGAAAUAACAUUGAAGUCAACUCGGUCAAAUAGUAAUUUUCUUUCACAGUUUGACCUGUUUUAACAACACACACAUGCUACAUGUAGCCUAGCCUACAUUUUAAGCAUUACUUUCAUUAGUUUCUCCCCUCUUCUUACUGACUUCGAAGCUUUUCUUUACAAACGAACCAUCAAGGGAAAAUCCACAGUACAUCAUUAUACUGAGCUGUUUUGAGGCCCAGCUUAGAUAUACUAAGCCCCAACCUCUAAACUAUGUAGCGUAGCAUCCAAAAUUAGCACACUGGCCUCUGAAAAUGACCUCAAUUGUUUUAUGUGCAAAUAGACACAUUACAUCUAUUUGAAAAAUCUAAUAAAGGUUUUCCUUUAGGUAUAGCUGCUAGCUUACAUGACUUAACUCAGCCCAGCAGCCCAAAAUAUAGAGGCUACAUCAAUUUACCUUUAUUUCUGAUAUUGUUGUGUAUUUCUCCUAUUAGCUGUAUUGCACAAGGUUCUCCCAUUGUAUGUCACAAAAACUGCUCAAUCUCCAGUAUAUAUUUUGUACUGUGGGUUUUCGUCUUUUUGUUUCUUAAUGAUGGAGUUACCCGAGAAAGGUUUCACUUCCGAGCCAGUUUGACGAGGAGGAAUAGUGACCCUGACCAGCUGUGUACAUGUGACCACACUCUAUCUGUGAGCAUGUGAUUGUUAAGUGUUGACAAGAAUGAACCUGUCCUUAACCCAAUGAGAGUGAAAGUCCAGGGAAUUACGGUCAAUGAAGACGGAUGAAGAUGGAAAUUUGGAGCUCAAAAAAUAAAAAAAAUGUUAGACCCCACAGGACAAUGUCGCCUUUUAUGACACAUAAUUAAGCAACUUAAAACCCUCCAUUUGUUCCUUAUUGUUUGCUAAACGAUAAAGGGUGACACCGCCGCCUGUGUUCAUCUGAAGGGUGAGACUGAGGAGGGAAUACAGAGAGGAAAACAAAUUAUGUACUUUUCAUAAGAAGAAAAACAAGACAGCAAAAAGAAAAAUGACUUUACAGCAUCUGGUAUUGCAAAGACCCUGCACACAUAUUGCCCGAAGGGGGAAGAGGAAAAAUAAAGCCACACACCGAGAAUUAUUUUUUUUUCUUGCGUGUUUUACCUUCAUCCUUCAUACCUUCUUUCACAACUAUUCCCGGGUCCUUUUGAGAUUUUUGAGAAAUGUUUUGUGUUUGCCACCGGCAUAACGGAGGGUGCACCAACCCUUUGAAUGUCAAAAACUGUUUUUGAGUGUAAAGGAAAAUUUGCUUCACACAUUCAAUGAAAAUGUAUGUAUUUAUGGAUGUAUGUAUGGAUGGAUGGAUGUGUUAUACUUAUUUAUUAAUUAUUUAUUUGUUAUUUAUCCAUUUGUCAAGUUUUUGUUAAAGUUGUGAUUUUUUUUUUUCAUCACAAGUAGAAGAUGGGGGGAAAAGGGAAUACCAUGUUCAGGACGUCUGACACUCCAGUGCAAACCAGAUUUUAUUAUGUUGCAGAAAUUCCCUGUUUAUCUUUUGUUUUUACCAGCUCUGUUCUUUCUGUUUGCUCCAUAUGCUACAGCCCUAGAUAAACACUCCACACGUACUUAGUAAUAAGACCCACAUGGAGGAAGUCUGAACUCAGAGAGAAGUCUUGCCAUAUCUGUUUGUGCUGACUCAUCCAGUCACUUUUUGUCUUUUGGGUUCUUGUUCUUGAUUGACAUCCAAGGCGAAAAAAAGAGCAGGAUGAAAAGCUGCUGAAAUGUUACACUAAGAGUUUGACAAUAUUUUAGGGUGGAUUAUGUCAAUUUAAGACACCAACACUUUCUCUGCCUUUAAAUUAAGAGUCAUGUUUACACCAUGCAAGCGAUUGGGGUUUCAGGAUGUCUGUUGUUCUGUUGGAAAGUAACUCCAGAGCAGGCUUGAAUUACUCUACCAUCCUCAAAACUAUUGCCACUGUACUUUGAAACGUCUCCUGUCACACACCUAAAGAAUCAGUUUCUUUUUACAGCUAAGAAGUAAAAGUUAGUAUGCUAACAAGAUAGCCUGCUAGGUGAGCACAGAUGGCAUUGUAACUUCUAGAUUUGACACUUUACAGGACUGGAUGUAGUCUCUGUGGUACAAUCCAGUAGUCUAUGAGGAGUUACAAUGCCCAAUGAUGGGGGUUGCUAUAUUGUAAAUGCAAUAUUAAAUGUGCGUUUUCAUAGGGACCCUGACAGGUUUCCUCUGCUUUCAGAGGUAGCAUUAAAGGGACUCUUAAAUAAGCACAGUUAGUUACUUAAGCUUCAUAUUUUCACCCCAAAUGUUGCAGCUUAUUAUUUUUGUAAGCGUGUUAGCAUAUAGCUGAAAGCAAAGUACAGCCUCUGAAGAGAGCUAGCAUGGCUGUAGACUUUGGGCCUUUCUCAAAGUGUUGAAUGAUUCAUGAAGCGUGAAUGCAUGUGUAACAUCUCUUAAUCAUUCCCAGGGAACUCUUGGUGUUUAUUCAUGUUAACUCCACUGAAACCGUUCUACUUUUUUAGCCGACUGUCAAGAAUCUUCACACACUCUGCACAUAAAACUGAAAGAGCUUAGCUGGAAUGGAAAGACACAAUCAGUUGGUAGUUUUAUUUGACAUAUCCUGGACUUUUAAAGCAUUCCUGAAAUUCCUGAAAAGCGGGUGUACUUAAGUUCCGGAGAAUCUGUUUGCACACUGGGUUGAAAUUCAGAAGAACCCACCCUCUGAAAGGUUUCAACUCUUAACUCUUUUUAAUUUAGAUCAAAUGUGCUCGUCCCUCUCUUAUGUAACCGGAGGCUUUCUUUUCCUGUCCUGGCGCUCAGAGUUGGCCCCAUGGAGAAAACUAGUAGAGAGGUGCACACAACUCAAAGGGCAGAGAUCAAGGCGGUUUCAAGUUACACAGUCAUACACCUAAAAGAGAACAUUAAAGCAGGAGGUCAGGGCUCAAGUCAAGACAAAGUCAAGUUUAACCUCUGAAAUCCACUAUAAGUCGGAAAGAUACAAGUCAAAAAAGAAGAGUAAAGACAGGAAAAAUGGCUGCUCUGAUUCUGAGUGGACUUCUUCCAAACACAUCCGUGACAUUUCAGUUGCUUAGUCAGACCUGUUGAGAGAAAUCUCACUCCUCCCACCCUCAUUUCUUCCUUACCCUACAAUCCAUCCACAGAUUUGACAUUUUCUACAACCCCCAUCCAUCCUGUUUGUAUCUCUAGAAUCUUACCUGCACAUAUCUCAGCCCUUAUAUAAUCAUCCCUGCCCCUUGUAUACAUUUUAUACACUGUAUACUCAACGCAGAUGCUGUAUACAUUUGUAUAUGCUGUAUGUCUGUCUCAUUGUAUGCCAUCCAUAUCUAUGUAACUUUCACUAUCUUUUAUUGACACUGUAGUCACAACUCUUUAUCUCAUCAUUAUUGCUCAUUUUUCUUCUGCUGAUAGAACUGUAUGACUAUAAUCUCUUGACUCCAGCCCAUAUUAUCCUCCACUUCUGCCACACCUUGCCGCACUGUACCCAUGAUGACCACUCCCUGUUAUUAUCAACUCUCAAUCCACACAGAAAAUAUUUUUUCUUUUUCACUCUGGAUGUGAGGUUAGAAAAACUUUGAGGGAGGUGGGGUAGGGUGGGUCAAGAAAACUGCUUACACGAUUAACGAUGAUGACAACGACAAGAGAAAUGUCUGUAGUAUAAUUACAAAAAAGGAAAAGUGCACUAUUAUGACAAUGAUUAUUAUUGCCUGUGAGAAAUACUGACCAAUAAAUAACAGAAACUAUCUGUUGGUUUAUGUGUUCUUUUUUCAAAUAUGCGGUUGGCAGUGGGGCUAACAAUUCAUUGAAACAACACAAGUCACUGUGCAGUCACAGAAAAGUUAUGAGGUGAUUAUGUUUAACACUAACAGUUGUCAUUUGGGGUAGAAUCAGUCUGUAAAUCUAGGCUACUCCAAACCUUCUUGUAAGAAAGUUUGCUACCCCUACUUCACCACCCUUGUAAAGAGCCCAAAGUGAACGUGCAUGCAAAAGUGGUACCUAAUGAGGUACUUUAGUUGAGAUCUUGAGAAAACACCUCUAUUAACUUGUUAAUGCAAGGAAACGGAGUAGAUCUAUUGUUUGGAAGUAGGGCUGGGCGAUAAAACAAUAACGAUAUAUAUCGAAAAUUAAUUUCCCUCAAUAUCAAUAUAAAACAUGGUCAAUAUGCUUUUCAAUAGUCGGCAUUCUGCCAUGUUUUGGUAGACUACACGAAUACCCAAUGAAAAGAUGAAAUCAUUGACAACACUGGAACGAAAAGGUUGGUGGCAUGGAGG